AGUAACCAAUAACUUUACUUCACUAUAGUAGAAAUUAUUUCAUAUUUUUCAUUAAAAUAAAGCUAUUGAAGUUUAAAUUCGAGAUGAUUUCAAGAAUUCAAUUACUUUAUAAACCCAUUUUAAGAAAUAUUUCUGCAAGAUGUGGUAAACAAAUUGAUUUGCAGUUUAGAAAUAGCCAUGUCGUUUCCUAUCGAGUUGCACCGCCUCCCCAUUCAAAAGCCACUCAAAUUGGUGCUGAACUUGUGGGAGCUGCUAUGUGGUGGUGGGUUCUUUGGCACUUGUGGCAUGAAUACGAACAUAUUACUGGCGAAUUUCCGUAUCCAGAUGCAGCAAAGUGGACCAAUAAGGAACUUGGCGUUCCUUCGUAAAAAUAUAAAAUUGUGAACACAUUUACUCAUUAUUAUAUGGUAAAUAAAUAUUAAUAAAAUUAACGAAAAAU